GCAGAGAGCGAAAAAAAGAGACAGAGACAGACAGACAGACAGACAUAGAGACAUCCUUCCAUUGUCUCAAGCUGAAAGUUUUAAGAAAGCAGAGAGAGCGGAUUGUUGGGGAGGGGGGCCGUCCUUGGGACUACAUUGUUGGAGAUUUCUCAUCUGAUCUGGAUCCCCCGGUGUGAGCAAAGGAAGGGGACAGGCAGUAACCCAACAGAACCAGAGAGCAAAAAAAGGAGAUUCCAUAGCAGCUGAAGACGGGAGACCUACAAAAAGGGCCAGAAUUUGUGCCCUAGGAAGUCGUGGAGGUUGUUUCUGGAAGUAAGGAAGCCAGUGUCUUCUCCACUGAGAAUCAGAGAGAGAAAGAGAGAGUGAAAAAGAAAGCAGCCCAUCUGGUCCAUCCAGUCACUGAAGAUCCAUCGUGACUCUUCAGAGAAUGUUCUUCAUCUCCUAAUAAUCCAGCCCUGAUGCUAUCUGCUGAGAUGACCCCCUUUUCCAAGUUGCCACUGGUGUUGCUACUGCUGCCUCCCAUCUUGACCGGCACCAAAGCUCAGGUUAAUCCAGCCGUAUGCCGUUAUCCUUUGGGAACAUCAGGAGGCCACAUUCCAGAUGAGGACAUCACAGCUUCCAGCCAGUGGUCAGAAUCCACAGCUGCCAAAUAUGGAAGGCUGGACUCUGAAGAAGGGGAUGGAGCCUGGUGCCCAGAGAUACCAGUGGAACCGGAUGAUCUAAAGGAGUUCCUGCAGAUUGACCUACGGAAUCUUCAUUUUAUUACCCUUGUUGGGACCCAGGGGCGUCAUGCAGGGGGCCAUGGUAAUGAGUUUGCUCCUAUGUACAAGAUCAAUUAUAGCAGAGAUGGCACUCGUUGGAUCUCUUGGAGAAACAGGCAUGGAAAACAGGUGCUGGAAGGAAAUAGUAACCCCUAUGACAUUGUCCUAAAGGACCUGGAACCACCCAUUGUAGCCAGAUUUGUCCGUUUCAUUCCAGUCACCGACCAUUCCAUGAAUGUCUGCAUGAGGGUGGAGCUCUAUGGUUGCGUCUGGCUAGAUGGUUUGGUGUCUUACAACGCUCCAGCUGGACAGCAAUUUGUACUCCCUGGUGGUUCCAUCAUUUAUCUGAAUGAUUCUGUCUAUGAUGGAGCUGUUGGGUACAGCAUGACAGAAGGUCUGGGACAACUAACAGAUGGCGUCUCUGGCCUGGACGAUUUCACCCAGACCCACGAGUACCAUGUUUGGCCUGGCUAUGAUUACGUGGGUUGGAGAAAUGAAAGUGCCACCAAUGGUUACAUCGAGAUCAUGUUUGAGUUUGACCGGAUUAGGAAUUUCACCACCAUGAAGGUCCACUGCAACAACAUGUUUGCUAAGGGGGUGAAGAUCUUUAAGGAGGUUCAGUGCUACUUCCGUUCGGAGUCCAAUGAAUGGGAGCCCAAUGCUGUCUCCUUCCUCCUGGUCUUGGAUGAUGUCAACCCGAGUGCCCGCUUUGUCACAGUGCCUCUUCUUCACCGGAUGGCCAGUGCCAUCAAAUGCCAGUUCCACUUUGCUGAUACCUGGAUGAUGUUCAGUGAAAUCACCUUUCAGUCAGAUGCUGCGAUGUACAACAACUCUGGAGCCCUUCCCACUUCCUCAGUGGCACCUACCACUUAUGAUCCAAUGCUCAAAGUAGAUGACAGCAACACUCGCAUUUUGAUUGGCUGUCUGGUGGCCAUCAUCUUCAUCCUUGUGGCCAUCAUUGUCAUCAUCCUCUGGAGGCAGUUCUGGCAAAAAAUGCUGGAGAAGGCUUCCCGGAGGAUGCUGGAUGAUGAAAUGACUGUCAGUCUUUCCCUGCCUAGUGAAUCCAGCAUGUUCAACAACAAUCAUUCUUCAUCACCUAGUGAGCAGGAGUCCAACUCCACUUAUGAUCGCAUUUUCCCCCUUGGUCCUGACUACCAGGAGCCUUCCCGACUCAUACGGAAACUUCCUGAAUUUGCUCCAGGAGAUGAGGAGGCAGGCUGCAGUGGUGUAGUGAAGCCAGUUCAGCCGAAUGGCCCCGAGGGUGUCCCUCAUUAUGCAGAAGCUGACAUUGUGAACCUGCAAGGUGUGACAGGAGGCAACACCUAUUCAGUACCUGCAGUUACCAUGGACUUACUCUCAGGCAAAGAUGUGGCUGUAGAAGAAUUCCCCAGGAAACUCUUAACAUUCAAGGAGAAGCUGGGAGAAGGCCAGUUUGGAGAGGUUCAUCUCUGUGAAGUGGAGGGCAUGGAAAAAUUCACGGACAAAGAUUUUCCCUUAGAUGUCAACACCAACCAGCCUGCCCUGGUGGCUGUGAAAAUGCUCCGAGCAGAUGCCAACAAGAAUGCCAGGAAUGAUUUUCUCAAAGAGAUAAAGAUUAUGUCCCGGCUGAAGGACCCAAACAUCAUCCGGCUGUUAGCAGUGUGCAUUGCAGAAGACCCCCUAUGUAUGAUCACUGAGUACAUGGAGAAUGGGGACCUCAACCAAUUCCUUUCCCGACACGAGCCCCAGAACCCUCCCUCCAGCAAUGCACCUACUGUCAGUUAUAUAAACCUGAAGUUUAUGGCCACACAGAUAGCAUCGGGAAUGAAGUAUUUGUCCUCUCUAAAUUUUGUCCAUCGGGACCUGGCUACACGAAACUGCUUAGUGGGUAAGAACUACACCAUCAAGAUAGCAGACUUUGGAAUGAGCAGGAACCUGUACAGUGGAGACUACUACAGGAUCCAAGGGCGGGCAGUGCUCCCUAUCCGCUGGAUGUCUUGGGAGAGUAUCUUAUUGGGCAAGUUCACCACAGCAAGUGAUGUGUGGGCUUUUGGGGUGACGCUGUGGGAGACCUUCACUUUUUGCCAGGAGCAGCCAUAUUCCCAACUGUCAGAUGAACAAGUCAUUGAGAAUACUGGAGAAUUCUUCCGAGACCAAGGGCGGCAGACAUAUCUCCCACAGCCUGCAAUUUGCCCUGAUCCUGUUUAUAAGCUGAUGCUCAGUUGCUGGAGAAGAGACACCAAAAAUCGCCCCUCAUUCCAAGAAAUCCACCUUCUGCUUCUCCAACAAGGAAAUGGAGAGGAGUGACGCUGUCAACUCUGGAGCACCUCUGAUGGUCCCCAAUCCUCCCCUUAAAACCCACCACUUUUCCAAAUCUAAGCCACUUCACUUGGACUUCUAAUGGACCUGGGGAGGCGGAGGUUUCUGUUUUCCUUCUUUUUUAUUUUUUACAUUAAAGAGCCAAAAAAGAAAAAAAAAGUCUAGAUCAGAGGGAAUCUUGGGAAAAAGAAAAAGAAAUCUUAUCUGACACAUGGAAGUUGGAUGACAAAGGCUAGAAAAUUCAAAUAAUUUAUAAAUGUUAAAUAUGCUUGUUUAUAAAUGUGCAAAUUCUGUGAUUUAUUUUCUGAGUUCCCAUUUUUAAUAACUGAUUAACAAAUCAGAACAGAGAAAGACUUGAAGGAUACUGAUAUUGUGGGGAAUGCUGUGGGGAUGUGUUUAAGCCAGAAAUUUGAGUGAAGUAUUAGAUCAUGGACUGGUAAUGGCCUUUGAGUUCUAAUGAGACUUCUCCCAUAAACUCAUUAGCUAACUUGGGCUAGUAAGUGAAUGUUUCUUCACAGUAUUCUCAUAUGUAGGAAUGGUUCUGAUAGCAUACUUGUGAACACACACACACUCACAAACACAUAACAUACACAGACAAAGAGAUACAAAAACACAGGCACACAUACACACACCCCAGUGAUGACAGCAACAAUUAUAAACCCAGAUCCUAUGGUGAUAGAGGUUCUGUUCCUAAGUGAGUCACUGGAAAAUAUCAGCAUGAUAGAGAAAAUCCAAGGGGAAUCAGGCUGGUAAGAGAAUAAGAAGGUGAAGUAUACUUUUCCAAAAAGGGAGAGUAGGAAGUUGCAAGUAAAGAGGGUUGGUGAGUAUAAUCUGUAAAGUGUGAAAUAGCCAUUUUUAGUUCCAAUAGGAGCUCCUGGACACUAUCUUUCUCUACAGUUUAUUCAACUAUAUUCAGAUUUGGAUUUCCCCAAGGAAGGAAUUCAUUUUAGAUAAGAUUUAAGGCAUAUCUUGGAGUAGUAGACUAUGGCUGAAGCUGUUGUUGUAGAAUUUUAGCUAUGGAAGGAGACUUGGAAAUCAUUGGGUCCAAGUUCCAAGGAGCUAUUAGAGGUGGGAUCCCAGUCACCAUUUCUUGGGAAAGUUGUGAGGUGAUAUUUGGCAUUCUGGUUCUUUAUUCAUUGAAUUCCUCAUUUGCUGUGGAUCCCUUUUAUGGAUAGAGCUAGAGACUUUUAGAAAGUGGCACUUAUCUGAAGCAGUACAAUGGGAAACAUGCUUUAUUCUCUUCUUUACAGUGUCUCUGAAUCCUUGUUGGACUUGGCAUAGCCAGCAGGAAAUGAAACUCCAUUGGACAAUUGGGUCAUUACUUAAAUUAUCUUAACUUUGUGUUAUAAUGAUCUCAGAGGUGACUCUGGGUAUUCACAAACCCCAAGCUUUCCAACCCAAAAGAAAAAAACUAAUUUUCAACUAAGAAUAGUAGGAGAGACAUAAAGAAUUUCAGCUGAGCUAUACAAUUGGGAAGGGGCAGUAGGGGGUUUUCUCCAGGAUGAUGAAUUUUGGAAGGAACCAGAAAUGUUUCCCCAGAAUACACUUUCUCCCUAUCCCACACUGAGGAAAGAGACUGCAGGUGAGAUAAUCCCUACCUAGCCCACUCUCAAAGACCUGCUUUAUCCCAACGUUUUUUCUCAAGAUUGGCCACAACUUGCCCUCAGGCCAAUUCCUCCCACCUCUCCAGUAGCAGCCUGCCCUUUAGCCACACAAAAACCUCUUGUCUUCUGGAAGCACUUCUAUUCCCUGCAGCUGUAUUCCAUGUGAACUUCUGUUUUUUUUUUUUUUUUUUUUUUGCCCUAGGCCUCCCAACGUUUUAAUUACUGCUCUGGAUUUCAGAACAUAUUUUCCAAGCCAAGGAGCCAAACCACUGUCUCACAGCUCCAGCCACCCUCUAUAUCCACUUCAAACAAUUCUUUUAAGAUUCUGAUUCCUUUCCCCAAGUCAGUUUUCAGAAUCACUACUGGGGCAAACUUGAAGAUUGAAAUCCUAGGUUUUCUGCUUUAAUCUAUUGCCCCUAAAAGAGAUACCUAUUUUAUUUCUCAGCUCUCAUGUGACCAGGUUCAUAAGGUUUUCUUCCUUCCUUCCUUCCUUCCUUCCUUCCUUCCUUCCUUCCUUCCUUCCUUCCUUCCUUCCUUCCUUCCUUCCUUCCUUCCUUCCUUCCUUCCUUCCUUCCUUCCUUCCUUCCUUCUUUUCUUUCUCACUCUUCCUUUCUCUUUGAUCUGCAGCAAUUUACCUAAUGAUACUUUUGUUCACUAAAGUGUCUCUAUAAAAAUUCAUAUUUGAAAUUAGCUUAUUUAAUCUGGAUUGGUCUGGCCAAAAAAGAAAAAAAAAACACUUCUGAGGUCUGUCAAAUUGAUUCAAACCGGUAGUUUGCAUGUAGUAGUAGGUGCUUAAUGAAAGUUUGUUAAAUUGAAAUAUUAAACAGAUCACCAAACACUCUUCCUUCUUUUGGAGGGUGAGAGUUUGAUUUUCCAAUAUUUAGGCUUAGGAAUGAAGAUAAAGUUCCAAUUAGCAAGUAAUAGCAUCCAAAUAGCAAGUAAAUCAUAGAGUGAUGGAAACUCAGAAUUGAAAGGAACCUUGGAAGCUACUGAGUCCAGUUACGAGUAAGCAAAAAUUACCUCUAUCAUAUUCCUCAAAGGGGUCAUCCUACCUGAAGACAUGUAGUAACAAGGACACCUUUAGUAUGAAGGCUCAUAAAUCAUCAAUAAAUUAAUCAUCAAGCAUUUUAAAAGUUCUUUUUAUAUUCAUCUGACACUGUGGUAGAUUCUGGAGAUAUAAAUAUAAAAGUAAAACAGUUCCUACCAUCAAAGAGUUUACAUUCUACUGAGAGGUCUUAACAUGUUCAUAGAUAAGUAAAUAUAGACAUAAGCAAAAUAAGAACUUUUACAAUCUACAAUCAGGGAAUUUAUAAGAACAAUGGAUUGAAAGUAGGGAACUACCCUACACAAUGUUGCAUAUGUCUGAGUUUUAAGAGUAGACAACUAGUUAUAAGAUUCAUUUCGUUAACUAGAAGUGACCAGUAUAGAAUCAUUGAGGGAAGAAACAGAUAUUUGGGGGAACAUGAAAGUCUCUUUAUUUCCAUGUAGAGUCAAUUCAGACUCAUGUUCAGACAGGCUGGGGCAUCUCUCUAUGGAGGCAAAACUUUUGCACAUUUCAAAUUCCAAGUUGUAUAAAGAGCUAUAACUAAACUUAGAAAGUGCACUCCAAAUGAAAAGAAUGAUCCAAAGUAAAAGACUCAGUGGGGAAAGAGGAGAAGCCAAAGUUGUUAUAAAUGAUAAAGAAAGGUUGUAAUGUAAUGUAGACUAAAGAGGGCUGAGAGUGGGGCAGGGGGUUAAGAUUGGCAAGAAGAGAGGGGACAGACUCAAAGAAUAGGGAGAGAGAGAGAGAGAGAGAGAGAAAGAAAGAAAGAAAUACUAUAUAAAGUAAGUUAGGUAAGAAGUGAAGGGUGAGUCUUUUCUGGGAGUCGAUACUAAAUGGCACAAAUGAGUGUAUAAAAGACAAGAAAAGAAUGAUGAAGAAAUAAAGGACAGCAUGAGAUGAGGGGAAUUCUUGAAUGAUUUAAAAAAAAAAAACAAAAACAUGAUCUGCCACCAGAGGGUAGCAUUGUCCUACAACAGAAGAAAAAAGGCCCUUCUGAGGCACUCAGCUCUGGAAUUUACCCACUGAUACAUAGAAAGAGUAGGUCUACGAAAAACCGGUGAUUUUACAGUCUCUUAAUAUCCCAUCUUCUGUCCACUGACUUAUGACUUUUAGCUUGGUAUGUUGAUGCUAGAUACAUGUCUGAGGAUACUGAUUUGGCCUUACUUGGAGUUGAAAGGGAUGGUUGUACUAGAUUCUAGUUCCACAGACUAGGUAAAGAGAGACACAAUGAAAAUGCUAUUGUGAUGACGGGACCUUCCAACCUCAAGAAGAAUAGAUAAGGUGAUGUUCUAAAUAUCCUGCUAGCUUUAAGAUCCUCUAACUUUAAUUCUUUAUUUGGCCAUUCUUCUUCAUGGCUCAAUUCCACCAAGGCAUGAAAAGUGAAACUUUCUUGAAGACGCUUAUCACCAUCAUAAUUAAGUAAGACUGUGUCAUUGCCAGGAGAACACAAGUCAUUUACAUGUGACUUCUGUCAUGUAUCAGGACCUCAGCUGCAAGAUUUCAUUGGAAAGUCCUGGUCUAAGCAGAGCUAUUUGAUAUAGGAGCUCUAGAACAUCAUUAGUCACACACCCUCUUUUGCCUUUCAUUAUUCCACUUAUCCUAUUGGCCAAUCCUGAGGAGGCAUUGUGGAUGUGACCAUUUCCAUUCUUGCCACCAGUAGGAAAGUUCAGUGGUAGGCUUAUUCAAAUAGUGUCCCUUUUAAGGAAAGACAUUCAAUGGUAUAGGUUAUUAAAAAGUUAUGAAUGCUAUAUGAAUAUAAUUUUUUCAUUUUUCUUCAGAAACUGAAAUCCUUCAGAUAGGAAGUUUAUUGAGCACAGAGGCAUAUGAGCUCUUCUCUUGCGUCUGUCCCAGAAAUUUUACCAAUUUCCCUAACACUCAUGGCUCCAACACUCAGAGUAGUCAGUCACAGUCAGACUGUUGAAAUCAUUGUUUUGAGUCAGAAAAGAUUGCAACCUUGGCUGAGAAUUAUUUAACUGAUUUAGGAAAUAUUUGUGCAUACAGAGUUUAUGUGACACAUCUGAACAUGUUUUUCCAUUAGGACUUGUAAAAGUGCAGGCUUUUCCCAUGACUGAUAAGGGAGUAAGAUGUUUUCGAUAUCAGUAACAUGAGGGUAGUCCACAUGUUUGGGUAAAAGGGAGGAUGGAGAUAAAGAUGUUCCAAGUAAAGAAGCAUAUUGAAAAGAAACAGCAUCUGUGUUAUGCAAAAUCACAAAUGAGAAGAUAAAAAAUUAAGAAUCUCACUACUCAGAAAAAAGAACAGGAUUAUGAUUGAGCAAGGUCACUAGAAGUCUGUUUCUAAGUAUAAUUUGUAGUCCAUAAUCUUAUACCAGACAAGCCAAACCCUUUCCUUUAAGCAGAUUUCUUUGAAUGUGCAUGGUUCUCUUAAUGUUACGGAAAUAUUUGCAUCCUGCUCCACCUAGAAAGAUGCCUCUGAAUUGUAAUGUAAGUGUUUUUGUAGAAACAUUUGAAUGUUCUUUCCUCUUAGUAAACAUUCUUGGAAUCCUGAAUUGGAAGGUAAAAAGGAACAAGUUGCUAAUGGUGGGUUGAUUUUUUACACUGCAAGCUCAGCUGCUACAAAUGUUCUACCACUCUAACAUUCAUGAUAAGAUGGUAUAUAGUUGUUUUGUUGCUGUGAUUUUCUUAGCCCUUGAUGCCUUGUGAUUUAGUCCUGAUUGGAUGUGGUAAGGGAAAUUCUGUCCAGGUGCAAUUCUGCUGAAUGCUAGAGGGAACAUUUUAAACCCAGAGAUCCUUUGUAAUAGGUAGAUUGUUUCUUUUAAUCAAUAAGCAGACUAUUAAAAUUCUGUUCUUACUGCUCUAGAAGAUUAGGGAUAGAUUAAACUUUUUUAAAGACAUGUAGACAACCUCAGGGAGAAAUGACUUGUUUCUUGUAUGUUGGCUGAAAGAUGGAGAACUUUCUUAUUGCUUUUCUUAAUAAGAGUCCAUUAAAUAGUCCUUCAGUGUAAUUGUGGAGAGAUAACAAGAGGAUUUAAACCAAUGUUCUACAACAAUGAGUGAAAAGAACAUACUGAAGCAGCAUUAGACAUAGUUCCUUUUCUUUUUCUAUCUACCACACAUGUGUCCAAUAGCUUAUCUUCAGAAAAGAAGAAAAAUUUCAUCUUUCUUUCUAUACAUUACCAACAUGGAUAGAACUACUGGUUCAUAAGUAGCCUAAUCACUACUAUGGAAUAACCAGAUUCUGUUGAAAAAAAACUAGUACUGAAGUAUUAGAAUCACAAUGUAACUCUGCAAGAGCUGCUUCAAAUUCAUAGGAUCAUAGAUUUAAAUAUCAAAUUAAAUGGAAGUUAGAAACGAGGAGAGUAGGUCUAUUGGAGCUGAAAGGGAAUAAAAAAAAUGUCAUAAAAUUCCAACUAAGUACAUGGAGCAAAAUCUACAGAAAAUAAGGAAUUUUUAUUCCCUUGAAUAUUCUCUUAAACCUUAAAGGAAGGGUUAGAAAGAUAAAAAUAUUGCCCAAACCAGUAUAGUACAGAAUUCUAACACAUGACAUCAGUUUCCCUUCUUUUGUGCAUUCACUAAUGGUUGUAGAGCUAUAAUAUUCAAUUUGUGGCAACAUGUCAUCCACUAAUACAUCUGACCAAUAUAUUCAGUUGCUACCCCAAGACUCCAAGUGCAGAAUUCAGAUUCUUUGGUCCUAAACCUGGGCAUUUCAUAAAAAUCUAAUUAGCAUCUUCAUCAAUCAUUCUUGAGAACUUCUUUACAGCACUUUCUGAGAGGGAGAAUACUAUCAGGUCCAAAAAGUUGCAGAAGGCAGGCUGAUAUGAAUUUACAGUUAAAGCAAUCUGAAUACAAAAAGAUUUAAGAGAUGUCUGAGAAUGCAGGAAGGUCUCAAAUAAUUAUGUUCAAAGAAAUGUUAUGUUCUUAAUAGAGAAGUUUAGAAAUAAUUCACAACUGGGACAAUGCCUAUUCAACAAACUCUUGUAGUUUGUCUGGUCCACUCUGGUACAAUUUUCUUUUUAGGGUUAUUUUCUUCUUUUCUUACUCCCUCAUUGGGUAAUCUUUUUGUGGAGAACUUGGGUCUCUAAAGCAGAGUGGUACAUUUCUCUUGAGGAUAGCAAAUAUCUGUGCCCUGUUCUGUCCCUCCUAACAGCUCAGAGGACACUAUGUCCUAUUGAGUGCUGAUGAAUAGCAAACUGAUUUAAUCUCCGUUUAUAGCUAUCAUACUCAUUCCAAAAUAGAAUAUAUACAAAUUCUCUGUAUCUGAAAAAAAAAAGAGACGUGAUACCUAUUGUAUAUUUUCUUUUCUUCCUUAUUUAUUCUCUGUAAGUCCGUCUGUCAGAUGAUAAAAAUGUAAAUAAUAAUGAUUAAAGAAAUAUGCUGCUGAUGGA